GGCUUGUCAGAACAGCAAAGAUGUCCGCGCUCAUUUGAAAACCUGUCGCACCCCAACUUCACAUUUUUAGCAACGCAACAGAUUAUUUUUUUAUGUUAGCGCAGCCGAAGACUUUGUGCCCAAGCCAGCUUUACUGCAGGGGAAGACGAGGACUCCGCGACAAGGGCCAGCUCAUUCCUUAUUAGCUGUUGCAUGGUUCUUUCAUGCCAACCUCAUAUGAAGAUCUUAGUAAUCAAGACAGUAAAGAUCAAGGGGAGUCGUGUCUUUGCUGUGAUGAUGGAAAACGUAGAGAAGAACGAGGAAAAACAAAUAAUGCUGAAAUCUGGAACUCAUGUCGGAAGUCGUGUAUGAAGAGACAGCCACGAUGAUUGCAGCAGGGGAUUUGCAUUCGUUUGUCCCAUUUGGCCGCGAGCACUGCAGGAACCAUCCGAAUGCCUUCAACCUGCAGCUCAGGGAGCUCCAGCCGGCCUCCGAGCUCUGGUCCUCAGACGGCGCCGCUGGCUUGGUGGGGUCCCUGCAGGAAGUCAGUCUGCAGGAAAGAGAGCGGGAAUCUUGGCAGCUCAGGAAGGGCCACACGGGAGUCAACGAGGAUGAGGCUGAGUUUGAGGAAGAACUUUAUGCUGCAGGAAAUGUGGCUGUUUGGAGCCAAGGCAGUCGAACACAAGCCUCCAGUGUGUACAAGGCCUUCACCGUGGACAGCCCGGUGCAGCAGGCUUUAUGGUGUGACUUUGCUGUUCCCCAGAACAACAAUGAAGCGGAAGAACUGGAGCAAACGGUUUGCAUCGUCCAGAGUAGCUGUAUUAAUGUGCACACGGUGACCGGGAAGGACUUCAUCUCACCACUGCCUUUCCAGGUUUCAAACGUCUGGGCGACCAAGUUCGGACUGUUGUUGGAAAGGAAAAAUGCAGCAAAUGACACACAGCCGAACCCCCCUGGGGAACUCCUUCCUACAGUGUUCAGCAUGCUGCAUCCUUUAGAUGAGAUUGCACCAAUUGUCAGCAAACCUUCAGGCCUCUUCGAAGGCACCCGUGUGCAGUAUGUGUCGGACCCCAACAUGAAGAUAGUGUUCACCUGCUGCCAGCCUUCUAUAGUCAUAUCAUACGACACCGUACAGGGAACACACACGGUGUGGGCCCUGCGCAAGGUCACACAGGAUGAACGCUCCACGGUCCUGAGGUGUCCGACAGAACCAGCUGGGACACCGAUGAGUUUGAUGGCUUCAGGCUUUCUAACGUCUCAUUUACGCAACGCCUCACAUCUGGACUCACCGGGUGGAUGUGGAGCAAUGGGGCUCAGUUCUGCAGCGGGAAUAAGUUCUGCUCUCAGCUCUCCUCUGCACUACAGCGCUCUGCACAGUCACCAGAGCAGGAUCAUGACCUCCUCGCCAGGAGUACACCCUCGAGUUCAUUCCCCAAGUAUAUCCAAUAUGGCUGCCUUAAGUCGGGCCCACUCUCCAGGCAUGGCCGCUCCGUCCUUUUCUGGCACGUCUCGCUUCAACACGUCCUUUCACACCCCAUCCCCCAGGGGGCACCAUGGUUUGUUACCAUCUCCUAACAGCACUGCCAACGAGAGCAUGCUUGUCCUGGAGAUGGAGCCCAUUAUACCGGACCUCUGUGUGGAGCAGCUGUGGAGUGAGACGGUCCCCACUGGCUGUCACAGGGAGAUGAGCAGCCAGGCAUCUAAAGUAUUCCUGACAUCCGACCUCUGUGAGAAUCACUACCUUUGUUUCCUGGUGGAAUCUCAUCAACACCUCAGAUGUGUUAAGUUUAUUCAGAGCAACGAUUCCACACAGCUCAUCUUCCCCUCUGUCACAACCAUCCCUGCCAAAGAUGCUGCACCUCUGCAGAACAUAGAUGCCAUGUUGGUUCUGGAGGCUUGUGGCAGUCUGGUUCUCUACACGGGAGUCACGAGGGUCAGUAAGGUGUAUGUCCCCAACCUGCCGUCUCCCUCCAUCAGCCUGAACAACUGCCUCCCUCAUCUCAGCAUGGCGGUAGAGACAGUUAGUACUCCUAACUCAGGCAGCAGGCAGAUCCACAGACUUAAUGAGGAUGCUAUGCCCUCUCCGGUGUCGGACCUGAAGAGCUUAAACAUUAAACACCACGAAGCUUCAUUCUUUGAAGAUUACACUUUUCAACAACCCACGCCCUUCAUCCACACUUUACGGGACCCAGUUUGCAACCGGGUCACUCUGGAGCUGAGCAGUGGCGUGAUGCUGAGGAUUUCUAUCCCAGAGAUAGCUACUUCUGAGCUGGUGAGGAGGUGCCUUCAAGCGGUUCGCUUCAUCCUGCCCAAAGAAGUUGCCAUGAAGGUUCUGGUGAAGUGGUACAACAUCUACAACGCCCCCGGCGGUCCCAGUGCUCAUGCAGAGUGGAGCCAGUUUGUCACCUGCUUUAUGACACUGAUGGGCUACAACACCGAGCGCCUGGCCUGGACUCGACACCUCCAGUUUGAAGUCCCGCUGUCUCCAGUUAUCGCUGCUAAGAAGGCUCGCCCCUCUGAUCGAGGCUCUGAUGAGGACUGGGACUACCUCUUGGCAUCUCAUUAUCAUCGUCAGAUAAAUUCUCAGCCUGUCUGUGGUUCAGUGGACUCCUGUGGUGCCAGUGACGUCACUACAGAGAAAGAGGACCCGCCUUGUACGGCUUCUCCAUCCAGUUCAUCUCUGAAACUUGAGAGCUCGGCUCCUCUGUUCCCUCACAUCCCCGCCCUCUUCUAUGUUCUCCAUCUGCUCUACCAGGAGCUGCAGCUGGACGAGCUGCACAGGGCAAGAGCUGCAUCACUGGUGUGUCUGCUGCAACAACUGGCCAGAGACCUUCAGAUGGAGGAAUAUGUUGAUUUGUACUGGAGAGACUACCCGUCAUUAAUUAGCUGCUUCACUGAGAGCUGCAUGAUAGACCAGGCUGUGAUUGGCCAGAUGCAGCGCCCAUCCUUCCUGAGGUCGGAUCCUCCAUGCGUGUUCACCUGGCUCAGCAGCUGCUUGAGAGGGGAAGAAAGUCCCCCAUUCCCAUUCCUGCCUGGCAUCUGUCAGAGGACCAAGCUGCUGCUUCUGAGUUACGCUCUCUACAUCAUUGGAGAUGUUAAUGCUACGUCUACAAAUGUAUCAAAGUACCUGUUCAAGCUCUCAGCAGGCCAGAAGUCUUAUGCUAGUGAGCCAAACUUCAGAAGGCAGAGCAGUGUGAAGGUCAGGUUUUCCAGUGAGAGUCUAGCUGAGCAACUGGUGGUGUGGCUCAGCUCACAGGGCUUCACCCUGAAGGACUUGGAGUCGGUCCCCUUUGGGGUGGCUUUGCCUAUCAGAGAGGCAAUUUGUCAGUGUCGCGAGCAGCCGUCUUCUGAUUGGCCAGAGGAAGUCUGUCUGCUGAUUGGCCGACAGGACCUGACCAAACAAGCUCACAAGAUGACCCUGGCAAAAACCAAAGCUUCUGUAGGGUCAGGAUUCUCCUUGGUCCCUCCUGCAUCCACAGAAGCAGACGAGGAGGAAGACGGGAUGUUGGACAUAAUUCAUGAGGUGACCGGACUGAUCUGGAGUCAGGAUUUAAGGGUCCAGGAAGUCAGGAGGUUACUCCAGAGCUCCAGGCCAGUCCGGGUCAGUGUUGUCCAGCUACCGGAAGUUUCUGACCAUGAGUACAUAGAGGAGAAAGAGAACAAACUUUUGCAGUUGUGUCAGAGGACGAUGGCUCUUCCGGUCGGCAGAGGCCUCUUCACGCUCUUUUCUUACCAUCCAGUACCGACUGAACCUUUGCCUGUACCAAAACUCAAUCUUACAGGCCGGGCCUCUCCCAGGAACACCGUGGUCGAUCUCAACAGUGGGAACAUUGAUGUUCCUCCCAAUAUGACCAAUUGGCCCAGUUUUCAUAACGGAGUUGCAGCAGGGCUUAAAAUAGCUCCUGCUUCACAAGUGGACUCUGCCUGGAUUGCGUACAACAAGCCGAAGAGCCCUGAGCUGGCUAACGAGUACGCAGGCUUUCUCAUGGCCCUCGGCCUCAACGGACACCUCACCAAGUUGGCUACGCUCAACAUACAUGACUAUCUCACCAAGGGCCAUGAGAUGACCAGCAUUGGACUCCUACUAGGCGUUUCUUCUGCCAAGCUGGGCACCAUGGACAUGUCAAUCACCCGACUGCUCAGUAUUCACAUUCCUGCCCUUCUCCCACCCACCUCCACUGAGCUGGACGUGCCACACAAUGUUCAGGUUGCUGCUGUCAUUGGUAUUGGGCUGGUGUACCAGGGAACAGGACACAGACACAACGCUGAAGUCUUGCUGUCUGAGAUAGGUCGACCCCCAGGUCCUGAGAUGGAGUACUGUACUGACAGGGAGUCCUAUUCACUCGCUGCUGGACUUGCUCUCGGCAUGGUUUGUCUUGGGCAUGGCAGCAACCUGAUUGGGAUGACUGACCUCAAUGUGCCUGAACAGCUGUACCAGUACAUGGUCGGGGGCCAUCGCAGAGCUCAGGCUGGGGCCAGCAGGGAGAGACACAAGUCUCCGAGUUAUCAGAUCAAGGAGGGUGAUACGAUAAAUGUAGACGUGACUUGUCCUGGGGCCACACUGGCCCUCGCCAUGAUCUACCUCAAGACCAACAACAGGUCGAUUGCUGAUUGGCUGAAACCUCCAGACACCUGGUUUCUGCUGGACUUCAUUAAGCCAGAGUUUCUGCUGCUGAGGACUCUUGCAAGGUGCAUUAUCAUGUGGGAUGAAAUCCUGCCUAACACAGAGUGGGUUAAGAGUAACAUACCCCAGAUCAUGAGAGGAAAUUUUGACCCCUCAGAAGAUAUCAAUAUGGACACAAUGGCUCAAGCUCAAGACUACAUCACAGCUGGCGCGUGUAUGGCCUUGGGUUUGCGCUUUGCCGGCUCUGCCAGUUCUGAUGCCUUCGACUGCCUCUAUGAGUUUGCCAGGACUUUCAUGAAGAUGAUGUCUUUUGCUGGGACAGCUGCUGUGGGUGCUCAGAUGGGUUAUUAUAACCUACAAACAUGUCUGUCAAUGAUUCUGCUGGCGAUGUCGAUGGUAAUGGCUGGCACGGGGAACCUGAAGGUCCUGCAGCUCUGUCGCUUCUUUCACAAGAGGACCGGCGGCGAGAUGAACUACGGCUUUCACAUGGCUCAUCACAUGGCUCUUGGCCUGCUCUUCCUGGGAGGUGGCAGAUACAGCCUCAGCACUUCCAACUCAGCCAUCGCAGCCCUACUCUGUGCCUUGUACCCUCACUUUCCUGCUCACAGCACCGACAACCGCUAUCACCUGCAGGCCCUGCGGCACCUGGCUGUACUGGCGGCAGAGCCCCGGCUUCUGGUUCCUGUGGACGUAGACUCCCUGAAGCCUUGCUAUGCUCUGUUAGAAGUCACUUAUAAGGGAACCAAGUGGUAUAAUGAGACCACAGUAGAACUGAUGGCUCCCACCCUCCUUCCUGAGCUUCACCUUCUCAAACAGGUAAAGGUAAAGGGGCCACGGUACUGGGAGCUGUGUUUAGACCUCAGCAAAGAAACUCAGCAUCUGAAGUCCAUCCUGAUCCGAGAUGGCGUGUUGUAUGUAAAGUUGCGGGCCGGACAGCUGCCCUACAAAGACGACCCUCAAGGUUGGAAGAGCCUGCUGGCCACAACGGUCAACCAUCGAAACCCUGGAGUCACAGCCUUCAAGCCCGCAGCCAUCUCCACCUUCACCUCGGAGCCUGCCCUCAUCUCCUUCGCUGAAUUCUUCUGUAAAACCUCUGAGGGACUGAAAUCUAGUGAAGACAGCCUUGUGUUGUUCUCAGCAAUGCUGUAUGAGUGUGUUACACAGGAGUGUCCUGAGAUGCUGCCAACGUAUAUCGCUAUCGAGCAGGCGGUGGGAACCUUGCGUCGAGGCGACCUGCAGCAGACCUUUCCCUUGUGGCAGCUGCGUCUGGUGGUGGAGUUGUGGGACAGCAGGAUGCUGCGGGGUGCUGCAAACAAACAGGACUCCUUGCUAACCUCAGAGUUUCUUCCUGUCAUGAAGAAUGCAGUGGAUGUGGCGCUGGACACCUGGCUCAAAGACCAUAGCUCAGUGUUGAGAUCCUACAUGAGGGGCGAGGAUCUAUCCAGGAACGCACAGUCCGUCACGUUGGCCUGCUUUCUGGUGUACCGCUCCAUCCCGUACUUUAGAAACACAAACACACACCUGGAGGGGUGCAGCUCCUUUGCAGAUUUAUUGUUGCGUAGCAGCCAGCUGGGCAUCCCUCUGAGAGACCUGUUGAGACUGGUACCCCUCCUGAGUUCUGCAUCUGGAUCACAGUCACUGCUCUUCCCUCUGCAGACAUUUUCAUCCUGAUGUUCACAGCCAGUCCGUUUGAAUCUCAGGGAUGCAGUUCAGCCCCGUGCUGCAAAAAAGGAGGUGGGAAAACAGCAGCUGACGUAUACAGCAAGUGUCAAAUUGUGACACCUUCAGUGUUACAGCGAGAACAUGGAAAAUACAGACUUGUUUCCUUGGCAAACUCUGAUAAAUGGAAUAACAUUUUUUUUAUACGCUGGUGUUGUUUAGCUUUUUUUUUUUUUUUUUACUAUAUGUAAAACUGCAGCAACCCUGCAGUAUAUGUGCCAAUUUUGUGGUGCAACUAAUCUUUUGUGGAACUGGGUGAGUUGUUCAGAAGUCGAGCUGCAGCAGGUUUCAUCAAAGAGCUGAACUAAGAAGAACAGGAAUGAACAGAACACCAACAGUAAGGCAUGACAAUAAAAGAGAAAAAUACCUGUAAAUAUUGUGGUUUCCUAGUGUGUGUGACUUUU